CUGCGCGCGCAGCGGCCAGGGGUUCCGGAUGUCGCGUGGUCUGUCGACCCGGGGCGGGGCAUCUCUGCGGGCCUAGGUCGUGCGUCCCGGCCUGGAGCAACUGGGGUCACCCUGAGCUGCGGACCUCGACGCGAUGCUGAGCAAGUUCCUGGGCCCGCGCUACCUCCAACUGGCCAAGAACUGGAUCCCCACGGCGGGCAUGUGGGGCACCGUGGGCACCGUGGGGCUAGUGUGGGCCACCGACUGGCGGCUGAUUCUGGACUGGGUGCCCUACAUCAAUGGCAAGUUUAAGAAGGACGACUAAUUAAAAUGACCUCCUCGGACCCCUCUGGUGACUGACUGGUGGUGCCAACAGCUUCCUUCUCAGCACCUGCUGCAUCUGGAACAGCCCCAGCCUUCAGCAUGGAUCGAGAGGAAAUCUACAGUGUGACUUAGGACUUUCUAUGUUUCUGAAAAUAACUUUGAUGUGUGAAUGCAUUAAACCUUGCUCUGAAA